ACAAUCGGCAUCUCUGGCGUGGAAAGCGGCAUUUGCUUUGACAAUUUUACGGAUUUUUUCAAUUACCGAACGCAACGUGAAUUGGCCGGCGCAGCACGCAACGACCGGUAGACGCCCGUUACACCCAUUACCCAUAUAGCAAAAUAGUGAAAUGAAUGUUCCUCCUAGCGUGGGCAAUGGAGGAGCGCCACCGGGAAGAGGCAUGGGCUACACGCCGCCCGGUGCAAUCGUGCCGCAGUUUCCACCACCCGGAUUUGCAGCACCACCCCCGCCGGAGUUGGCCGCCGCUUUCGGUGUGAUGGCAACCAGCACCGAGUGGACGGAGCACAAGGCGCCGGAUGGACGACCCUACUACUACAAUCAGAACACCAAGCAAAGCUCGUGGGAGAAGCCGGAGGCCCUCAUGACGCCCGCCGAGCUGCUGCACAACCAGUGUCCCUGGAAGGAGUAUCGCUCGGAUACGGGCAAAGUGUACUACCACAAUGUGGCCACCAAGGAGACGUGCUGGGAGCCGCCGCCGGAGUACGUGGACAUGAAGGCCAAGGCGAAAGCGGAAGAAGCUGCUGCUGCCGCCAAAGCCGUGGCAGCCAUGACAUCAUCCAGCUUGGCCGGCAUGGUGCCACCUGCUGCUCUGGCUAGCAUCCUGCCUGCUGCCCUGCCUGCUGCCCCCCGAAUACCCACUCCUGAGAUCCACUCGCCGCUGACACCCAGCAGCAACGAGAACUCGUCCUCUGCGAUGGACCAGGCUAUGGCCGCCACGUUAGCGGCUAUAGAGGUGCCACAACAAAAUGCUAAGAAGGACGACAAGUCAGAUAGCGCUGUGGUGUUUAAGGAUAAACGCGAGGCAAUUGAGUCCUUCAAGGAGCUGCUGCGGGACCGCAAUGUGCCAUCAAAUGCAAACUGGGACCAGUGUGUGAAAAUCAUAUCAAAGGAUCCGCGUUACGCAGCCUUUAAAAAUCUGAACGAGCGCAAGCAAACAUUCAAUGCUUACAAGACGCAGAAGAUCAAGGACGAGCGCGAGGAGUCUCGCUUAAAAGCCAAGAAGGCAAAAGAGGACUUGGAGCAGUUUCUUAUGUCCAACGAUAAGAUGAACUCGCAGAUGAAAUAUUUCCGCUGCGAAGAAGUAUUUGCCGGAACGCGAACGUGGACGGUGGUACCGGAACCGGAUAGGCGCGAUAUAUACGAGGACUGUAUAUUUAAUUUAGCGAAGCGGGAGAAAGAAGAAGCGCGGUUGUUAAAAAAACGCAACAUGAAGGUUCUGGGCGAGCUGCUUGAGUCGAUGACUUCAAUCAAUCAUGCCACCACCUGGUCAGAGGCGCAGGUUAUGCUGUUAGACAACGCUGCAUUUAAGAACGAUGUGACCCUGCUGGGGAUGGACAAGGAGGACGCCCUUAUAGUCUUUGAGGAGCACAUUCGCACCUUGGAGAAGGAGGAGGACGAGGAACGUGAGCGGGAAAAGAAGCGCAUGAAGCGACAGCAACGCAAAAACAGGGACUCCUUCCUCGCGCUGCUCGACUCCCUGCAUGAAGAGGGAAAGCUCACCUCCAUGUCGCUGUGGGUGGAGCUGUAUCCCAUCAUAUCAGCCGAUUUGCGAUUCUCUGCCAUGCUCGGCCAGAGCGGGUCUACACCUCUGGAUCUGUUCAAGUUCUAUGUGGAGAACCUGAAAGCCCGCUUCCAUGACGAGAAGAAAAUAAUAAGGGAGAUCCUAAAGGAAAAGGCAUUUGUUGUCCAAGCAAAGACGUCCUUCGAGGACUUUGCCACGGUCGUGUGUGAAGAUAAGCGAUCGGCCAGUCUGGAUGCGGGAAAUGUGAAGCUUACAUACAACUCCUUGCUGGAAAAGGCUGAAGCCAUUGAAAAGGAGCGGAUGAAGGAGGAGGUGCGAAGGUUACGGAAACUGGAAAAUGAAAUUAAAAACGAGUGGCUGGAGGCGAACGUCUCAGUGGCCGAACCUUAUGAGAGCGCCAAGAAGCUGGUGGAGCACCUUGAAGCAUUUGCACUUUAUGAAAAGGAAAUCGGUGUGGAGAAGAUCUGGGAGGACUUCGUUAAGGAAAGCGAAGAUGCGUGUAGCCAUCAUCAUUCGCGGUCGCGAAAAUCGAAGAAAAACAAGAAGCACAAAAAACGAGUACGGUCUACAUCAAGAUCAGACAUCGAGAAUGAGCAUGUUGAACUAGAGAAGUCCAAGCGAAGACGCUCCAAGUCACGAUCGCAUUCCCUGAGCUCAAUCGGCAGCAUCGAAAGCGAAAAAUUACUGAAGAAGAAAAAGAAGCGCAAGAACAAACUGCGAGGUUCCUCCUGCGAAUCGGAAGUCCCAGGCAACCAGUCGCCGGGAACUCAAGCCCUCCUCCAGAACGACUCAAACUCGCACUCCCCGGCGAAGAAAAAGAAGAAGGAGAAGCGAGCUAAAAAGGACAAGGAGGGCAAGCGACACAACAAACACAAUCGCUCCGGCACGCCCCUCAGUCCUGCCCAGUCCGUCGAGUCGGUUGGAUCGCGAAACGAGGAGCUGACGUUAAGUGACGGCGAGCUGGAAUCGAAGCGAGCGGCUCUUCUAGCCCAACUAAGCGAGCAGCUCGACGAGUGACCAGCUGCGGGGCGUUGAGCCAAAGCCGACAUAGACAGCGUGUGGCACUCUCCAGCUCUAGCUUAAGGAGGAUCGGGAGAGGCAGCUAGCCUUGGACUCAGUUGCUGGACAAGUUCUCUCCAGUCCUUGCCUUCCACUGCACUCUGCUUCGUUUGGUUAAGAUACUGUCCUGGUCCCAGCACAAGCCACACAGCGAACCACUAUUGUAAUUUCUUAGUCGCAAUAAGUUUCAAUGUAUAAAUGAGAAUUAAACCUAACAAGUCAAAUUUUAAGUUAUACGCAAAUGAUUUUGAGUCUACAU